GAUAUGCGGUUUUAUUUCUGAAGCUAGCUCCGGUUGUUUAAAUUCCCCGCCACGAACAGGAAUAGUUUUCUUUUCAAAACUCGUUUGUCCAGUUUUGUGGUUACCAGAAAUGAAAGUUAAGAAAUGUUAUAAAAAUUUUGUACUGAAAAACAAUGAAGAUAUAAUUGGAAAUUCUCAAUAAAAGGAAUGUAACUCAACAAGGAAAUAUUGUUUUCUGCUUACAAUUAUGUCUGAAUCAUCUGCUGACUCAGUUUUUUCUGAAAAAGAUAAAGAACUGUUUAAUGAAGAUGAUUUAGAGAAGUUAUUGGUCAUCAAAUCAUCAUUACGUAAUCGACUGAAAGAUGAAAAACUCUCUGAAAAAGCAGAAGCGACUGUAUUAGAACCAGAAGCAGAAUCCAAAAUCAGUGAAUUGAUGAAAGAAGUCACCUUACAGACUUGUCGAGAAUCACGAAGGAAGCUGAUGAUAGAAAGAGUGCAAAUUGGUCAGGUAUUGAUUGAAAAUCUCUUUGAGAAAGAUGAAUCCACUGAUGUCAAAGUUAGCAAAGAAUUAGAAUCAGUUUUGGAAAAACAACGUAAACUAUCAGUAGAUAUUCUGAAAAAACAUAAGGCACUGACUAACAUUCAGUCUAAAGUCGAUCAAAUGAAAGUUGAGAACUUAAGAAACAUUGCUCAGAAUCGUGAAUUAAUGAUCUUUCUGGAACCAACAAAUCAAAAUCUAAAAACUGUUGUUGAGAAAUACAAUACAAAAUCACAAGAGAGCAGGUUUCUGGAAGAUUUAGCCAAACUAAAGAAAGAGAACAGGGCUUUCCAAUAUAUUCUCCAAAGCUUAAUUGCAGGAAGCAGUACUGAUUGGGCAGCUGAUCCAGAAUUACUUUCUAUUAUGUUAAGGGCUGGUAAAGAGCUUUGACUAGAGAAAAAGACAGUAAAGCAAAUUAUUAAUUAAUGAAAAAAAUUUGAAAUUUUUAACGAAAAGAUUUUAUUUGGUUACAUUUUGAGCCCAUUAUGGGCUAAACUGUACACCAGGAUUGUUGGAUAAUCUACUGGUAUGGUCCAAUAUUCUACAAUACCGUUGAUAUCCUAAGGGGAUUGAGAUCUUUGGUUUGUGGUAGCAGUGAUGAGGAUAUUCCUGGAGGGAUGACUGAAAACUCAUUCAACUAAAAAUUCAUAACUCAUUCAAAGUUGUUUUUAAAAUAAAAAUGUAAUUAAAAUUCAAAUUUAAAUAUAUAUUUUUGCUAUAAUAUAAAAAAAAAAGGAUUUUGUCUUUAAAUAAAUGUUCACAGUGUGAGAUGACAAGAGUUGAGUUUUGAUCUCCAGUGAGCGCGAAAUUUGAUAUCUGUGCCUAAACCAUUGAUUGCAGAAUAUAUCACAGUUCGGGAUGAGUUAUCAUAGCCUGAAAUAAAAUAUUUAAAAAAUUUCAA